AUGGAUCGGAGUUGGAUGUAUAAAAAGCGCAAUACACUUGAAUAUGUUCAUGGGGUUCAAGAGUUUGUUAAAAUUGCCGAGGAAUAUGCAAGUAAAAUUGGUGAAAAUUAUAUAGUGUGUCCUUGUUAUGAUUGUAGAAAUCUAAAAAAGUUUCGUAGUUCUGAACAAAUUAAGGAACAUUUGAUACGUCGUGGUUUUAAGAUAGGAUAUGACCGGUGGAUAUGGCAUGGUGAAACUGUCCUUACUAGUAACAGUACAAAUCAAAGAGAAUGUAGAAAAAAUCAAGAAAAAGAUCAAAGUAAUGAAGAUAAUGUUAGAAAUGAUGGAGACAAUGAUCGGCUAGAUGAAUUGAUGCGGGAUAUGCAAGGGGAUUUGAAUCAAAUGCCUCAAGAGUUUGAAAGUUUUUUUGAGAGUUCUGGAAAACCUUUGUUUUCUGGAUGUAGUAAAUUUACAAAGUUAUCAGCAGUGCUUAAAUUGUAUACCGUAAAAGCAAAACAUAGGUGGAGUGAUAAGAGUUUCAUGGAGUUAUUAGAGCUUUUAAAGGGCAUGCUUCCAAAUGAGAAUGAACUUCCUAGUUCAACUUAUGAGGCAAAGAAAAUGUUAUGUCCGUUGAGUAUGGAGAUUGAAAGGAUCCAUGCAUGUCCAAACGACUGUAUUUUGUAUUGGAAUCAAAACAAAGACUUGCAUGUGUGUCCAAAGUGUGGAGCAUCGCGUUAUAAACGAAAAGGGCUCGAUGAUGCAUGUGAGCAGAAGAAAGGUCCUCCAGCGAAGUUGUUGUGGUAUCUACCGGUGAUUCCAAGAUUCAAACGUUUGUUUGCAAAUGCAAAGGAUGCGAAGAAUUUGCAAUGGCAUGCUAGUGGGAGAAAAGAAGAUGGAAAGUUGAGACAUCCUGCCGAUUCUCCUCAGUGGAAGAACAUUAAUAAGAAGUUUCCUGAUUUCGUCGCCAUAGCACUUGGCCAAUUCUCUUAA